UUAUCUUCUCCAGGUGGGAAGUUCUGUAUGUAAAGAAGUAUUAUUAAUUCCUGAUAAUUCAGGCCGAGAAUCCUCAGAACUGCUUCUGGUCUCUGCUUUGCAGGAUCAAGCCACUGCCUUGGGUUUGCCGGUGGGGAUCCUCUCGGCCAGAACGGCUGCAAGGAACCUGGAGAAGAUCUCUGCGGAGUCUGGUCAGGCCACGCUGCUGAAAGGAGAGCCAAGAGAAAAGUUGUCUUGCCUGCUGAACACUUUGAAGGAUCUGGCCUCCCAGAAUGCUUUCAGCCCAUCAUUGUUUGCUCAAGAAAUGUGGAAAAUGCAGAGCCCACUCACCCUGGACAUGGCAUGGCACCUCCACAGAGAAGGCCUCUUGAGCCUGGACGAGCUGCUGGAAAAUAAUCCAGACACGUCUGCGUUGGUGGAUUGGCUGUGCCGUGGUCUUUGCCUUUUGUGCAGCGAAACAGAAAGCUCUUCCUUGGACUCAGAGCACCUGGGGAGCCUCCUGACAGGCCUGGCAUCUGUCUUCCUUCGUCACGGAUUUCCGAAGACGUCUGAGCCAGGAAAGAAGUCGCCAAGGCUGUCCAAAAUUUACUGUGCUGUCCUUGGGAGGAUGCUGGCAUGGCUGCUUGAUUCUGUGGCCAAAGAGAAGCAGGAAGGCUCUUCUUCCCUGAAGGCUGCAAAAAGCUGAUAACCAAUGAAGAAAUAGAGGAUGAUCUCACAUCCAAAGAGGAGAAAGAUGAUUCCAGGCUGAAGGAGGAAAGUGACCGAAAGAACGAAGAGAGUCUGGAAAAUGACCAGCAAAAAGGAGGAGCAGAGACCAAACAACUGGACCAAACGGUAAAUGCCCCAGGAUGCUGUGUUUGAUGUCAUUUAAUAGAUUUGUUUAAUCAUUUUAUUGCUUUUAACUACUGUAUAUAUU